GGCGUUCACCAGGUGAGGGGAAGUGGUGGAGGCGGAAGGGCGUUCCAGGCAGAGGAACUGGCAUGGGCAAAGGUUCAGGGACCGAAGGGAGCCAUGUGUUCCUCCCAACUCGGGAGUUCCAAGCUCCUCUCCCACAGUCCAAUUAGAUGUUCCUCCCCUGCAGCUGUGUUGUGGCGUCUGGAGUCACAGAGUGUGCUGGUCAGGGCCGUGCGCUGUCUGAGCGUGUCCCAGCUCAGCAUUCUUCCCUAGAACCCGGGGCAGGGGUGUGGAGGCCUGGAGACCAAGUUCAGUUUGGGGCAGGUAAUCACCGGUCCUGCAGAGGCUCAGAACCAUUUAGCUCCAUGCAGCAAGUGGGGCUCCCAUGCACCGAUGCGGGUGUCCAGUGGCACAGGCACUUGGGAAAGCAGUUUGGCAAUUUCUUAGUUAAAAACGGGUCUAAUCUAUGACCCAGCAAUUCUCCUGAGGGCAUGUCCAGGAAGACAAAACACAGGUCCUCACAAGGACUUGUUCUGGGUGCUCAGCGCUUUAUUCACAGUAGCCAGAAACUAAGAACCACCAGGUGCCUGUCAGCAGCAGGCCGGAGGAAGCAACUGUGACUGCAUCCACACAGGGGGUGGCCCUCGGCAAAAACAGGAGUAACACGUGAUCACCAGUGUGGCUGGAUCGCACAAGCACGACACCGAGGAAGAAACCAGAUACCAAAAUAUGUAAAAGUAGAAAAAUAUUAGACCAGUGGUUUCUGGGGACAGGAUUGGGGCAUAGAGUGACUAGGAUGGGCCAGGAGGGCACGUCAGGGUGGUAGAGUGUUCUGUGUCUUGACAGAGGUGCAUUUGUUGUGCCUCUUCAGGUGAUAACCCUUGUAUACAUGUAGCCCGUGCAGUUUUAGCACCAUCUGGGUUUCUGAGUCCUCAUUUGUCCAUCUGGGCAGAGUAGUGUGAAUCCCAGACUGACUACCAGCAAGGCCUCAACAGUCCACCUGCCCUGCAGCUCUAGUUUCAGGGCAGGGGAGGGGCCCCGGGCCAUAGGCAGCAUGACUUCUACAGGUGAGAGGCCCAGUGGAGGGAGCCAUAUCCAAGUCCCCAGGGGCAGCUGGCUGGGUGGUGGCCUUUGGGAGCACCCUGGCCCACAGUCCUGCUCUGCAGGUCUCCUUGGUCUUCCUGAUCAGUGGGCUGGUCAUCCUGGGCUAUGCCGCCUCCGUCAGUGGCCAGACCACCUACCAGGGCGUGGUUCGAGGGCUGUGCGGACCUGCCAUCGGGAAGCUGUGCGAGGCCUGCUUCAUCAUCAACCUGCUCAUGAUCUCCGUGGCCUUCCUCAGGGUGAUCGGGGACCAGCUGGAGAAGCCUUCCUAGGCACCCUGGCCGCCUGCUACCUGGCCCUGGUCAUCGUGGCGCAGUACUACCUGAGGCCCCAGGACCUUGCUCCUGAGCCCCGUCCUGCGCUGAGCCCUUCCUCCUGGACCUCUGUGUUUAGUGUCUUCCCCACCAUCUGCUUCGGAUUUCAGUGUCACGAAGCUGCUGUCUCCAUCUACUGCAGCAUGCGCAACCAGAGCCUGUCCCACUGGGCCCUGGUCUCUGUGCUGUCCUUGCUGGCCUGCUGCCUUGUCUACUCGCUGACAGGCGUUUAUGGCUUCCUGACCUUCGGGUCUGAAGUCUCUGCCGACAUCCUGAUGUCCUACCCGGGUGACGACGAGGUCAUCAUUGCGGCCCGAGUCCUCUUCGCCGUCUCCAUUGUGACCGUCUACCCCAUCGUGCUCUUCCUGGGGAGGUCGGUGCUGCAGGAUUUCUGGAGGAGGAGCUGUUGCCAGGAGUGUGGGCCCACGGCCCUGGCCAACCCCUCGGGGCUGCUGACCGUCCUGUGGGUCACCGUGACGCUCGCCAUGGCCCUGUUCCUGCCGGACCUCAGCGAGAUCAUCGGCAUCAUCGGUGGCAUCAGUUCCUUCUUCAUCUUCAUCUUCCCAGGUCUGUGCCUCAUCUGUGCCAUCGGCACCGAGCCCGUAGGACCGCGAGCCAAGUGCUGCUUGGAGGUCUGGGGAGUAGUGUCCGUGCUCAUCGGCACCUUCAUCUUUGGGCAGAGCACGGUGGCAGCCCUCUUGGAGCUCCUAUGAGGGGCGGCCACCCUGGCAGGCGGGGGGCUUCCCUGGGCCACCCUGGUCCCCGCAUGAGACCAAUGUAACCCCAUCAUAAAGAUGCUGGAGAAACUGGUA